AUAGAAAUAGAGUUUUGACAGGUCCAAGAAAUUUACCACCGAGUGUCUCAUGAAAUAGCUAGUGAGUGACCACAAAUCGGUGGUUUGUAAAACGUAUUUAUCGAGGGUGGAAUACCUGAGUUUUUUCUUUGCAUUUUCAGUUAGCAUUAAGUGAUUAAACUAGCAGCUGAAAGUCUCUUCAAGAAGCCGGACUAAUUGGGUGAAUUACCAACACAGACGUGAAAAUGACUAUUUUUGAAACCAGCAGCCAACUCAUUGAGAGUACAGUGGGGAAGAUGAGCGACAAUUUGACAUCAAUGGUUCUUGCAACGUCUGUGUUUACACUCACUCUUGGAUAUUUAUCUAAACUGGUGUUCAAGCAGUACCAGUCGUCCGAGAAAGAUGCUAAAUACCCUCCUUACAUCCCAUCAAGCAUCCCUUUCCUUGGACACGCAAUAGCUUUUGGAAAAAGCCCUAUCGAGUUCUUGGAAAAUGCAUACGAGAAGUACGGCCCUGUGUUCAGCUUUACAAUGGUGGGCAAGACUUUUACCUAUUUGUUGGGCAGUGACGCCGCAGCCUUGAUGUUCAACAGUAAGAACGAGGACCUUAAUGCAGAGGACGUCUACUCAAGACUGACUACACCAGUCUUUGGCAAGGGUGUUGCCUAUGACGUUCCGAACCCGAUAUUUCUGGAGCAGAAGAAAAUGUUGAAGACAGGGCUGAACAUUGCCCAUUUCAAACAGCAUGUUCAGAUCAUUGAGGAGGAGACUAGGGAAUACUUCAACCGAUGGGGAGACAGUGGAGAAAGAAACCUGUUUGAGGCUCUGUCUGAGCUGAUCAUUCUAACGGCUAGUCGCUGUCUCCAUGGGAAGGAGAUCCGUAGCAUGCUGGAUGAGAAGGUAGCCCAACUUUAUGCGGAUCUGGAUGGAGGCUUCACUCACGCUGCGUGGCUUCUCCCUGGUUGGCUACCUCUUCCAAGCUUCAGGAAGAGGGACCAGGCACACAGAGAAAUCAAAAACAUCUUCUACAAAGUCAUUCAGAAGCGCAGAGAGGCUACAGAGAAGGAUGAUGACAUACUGCAAACCCUCAUCGAUGCCACCUACAAGGAUGGUCGUCCCCUGACUGAUGAUGAGAUUGCUGGCAUGCUGAUUGGCUUGCUCCUUGCUGGCCAGCACACGUCCUCCACUACCAGUGCGUGGCUGGGCUUCUUCCUGGCACGGGAUAAGGCUGUCCAGGACCGCUGCUACGCUGAGCAGAAGGCUGUGUGUGGUGAUGACCUGCCUGCUCUGCACUAUGACCAGCUGAAGGACCUGAACAUGUUGGAUCGCUGCUUGAAAGAAACUCUUAGACUCCGCCCACCAAUCAUGACGAUGAUGAGAAUGGCAAAAUCUCCUCAGAAAGUUGCAGGUUACACCAUCCCAGCUGGCCAUCAGGUUUGUGUGUCUCCCACUGUAAACCACCGUCUUCAGGACACAUGGACAGAGCGUUUGGACUUCAAACCUGACCGGUACCUCAAUGAAAACCCAGCUGCAGGAGAGAAAUUUGCCUAUGUCCCAUUCGGAGCAGGCCGUCAUCGCUGCAUCGGUGAGAACUUUGCGUACGCUCAGAUCAAGACGAUUUGGUCAGUCAUGCUGCGACUGUAUGAAUUUGACUUGGUGGAUGGAUACUUCCCUACAGUGAACUACACUACGAUGAUUCACACUCCAAACAACCCAGUCAUCAGAUACAAACGGAGGAAACACUGAGCUGAAUUUGUCCCAGAGUUAGUCCUGUCCCUGCCCUGGAUUUUGAUUGGCUAACAUAAGGAUCAGGCCAGUAUAUUUUGGAUCCUUGAUCCAAGCUGAGGGGCAGCCAAUUUUUCUUGAUACAAAAAUCACACCCAGCUCUUAAUACUUGCAGUGCUUAGCCUACAGAAUAUAGAGAUAAUUAAUUUUUCUUUCACGGAGCAUUCAGAACAGUCACAAAUGUAACAUGAAUGUCAUAUAAUAGCUAAAGAUGUCAAUUAUAAAAUGUCAAUUCUUUGACAAGCCUCUUCAGGAGAGUGAGGAAAUUUCUCAGUUUGAGCUCCAAAGUGACACUAUUAGAGCCAUAGAUGUUCUGUUGUAUAUGUUAUACUUGUGGAAAGUACAGCGUAAUGCAUGUUUUGGACCCAUUCCAUAAAAUGUUAACAAACAUGCUUUUACUUGAAUCCAGGGCAAUGUAAUGUAAUCCAGUGAGCAGAAAAUGAGUGACUGUCUGGAUUAAAGCCCACACACUACAGUUAAGUCAUGCUUGUGCUGUUCCCACUGUAUAUUUUCUGUGUGUAAUGAAAUGUAUAUUUUUGUAUUUCUCUGCAAUGAAACAAAAUAUUUGUUCUCUGAAAGAACUGUCCGUGAAUGAUGUUCCAAGGCUUUACAAUAACAUCGUUUAAGACAUCUAUAAUUUGUAACGAAUAAACAUCAAGUCUUUUGUAAAAUAAAGGUUACUGUGAAUAAC